UUUUAACCCUCUUAACCUAAAACGGAAAGUUUUUUAUUUACUUACUCAUGUCAUGUCUGUUAGUAAACAAUAUUUUAGAAAACAUUCCUUCCUUAAUUCAAUUUUAGAGCUCCUAUUAUGGCUGGAAAAUUGGAAAUACAAUGGUCUUCGGUGAAAAACAAAUUCAUUACUUGGGGAGCAGAGAUAAGUUUAUAUGAAAUUCAGCCUAUUUCAAAGGACAAUAGUUUUGCAGAUAAUUCCAAACUUCCAUGUUACAAUAUUUCGGACACUUAUUGUGCUCAACUUUUAACUACUAAUACCAAUUACCACUAUGUGAGGAGUAUAGACAUCUACCCAAAGUGUGAGGUAGAUUUGCUACUGGCUAUUGGACUUGCUAAUGGCAGAGUCUCGUUGACAACAUUUGGACCUUCCGAACAUGAUCUUCAUGGUUUUCCAGGAAAAGAAUUGGUUCCCAGGCAUAGUCGAUAUUGUAAUGCAGUUUUGUUCAAUCCUGUUGAAUGUAAUAUAUUAGCUGCUGGCUUGGAAAAAUACAAAACUGACAAUUCUAUCCUCAUUUGGGACAUCAAUAAACUAAACUCGCCCAGUGAUGGCAACAACAGUAGUCGGAUGGCAGUAAAUACUAUGGCUUCAGCUGUGGAAUUGCUGAAACCUGUUGCAGAACUUGCUCCAUCUGAGGUGACCUAUAGCUUGGCUUGGAUUUAUGGUUCUAGUAGAGUUUUAGCCUCUGGAAUGAAUGGAAAAAAUAUAAAGAUUUAUGACUUGAGAGAUCCGAACAAAAUGGUAUACUCCACUACAACAAAAGCUGUUUUCGGUAUCUGUGCUAAUCCAUUUAAUGAUAAACAAUUGGCAUCAUUCAUUGAUAACCAAGUUUGUGUGUGGGACACUAGAAACUUGGAUAAACCUGCCGUUAUUAUACAACAAACAAAGCCUGUUCUGAAGAUUGGCUGGUGUCCAACAAAAGUUAGUUGUAUAGCAUCGUUGCAGAAAGAAAGUUCAUCAGUCAACUUAUACCAAAUAAAGCAAGAGAUGUUGAACAACGAAGAGCAUGAACUUCAUGUCAUGGAGAGAAGUGUAGUUCCUGGAUCUCCUCAUAAUAUUACCUCUUUUUCUUGGCAUCCUACUGAUGAAAACAGACUUUUAACUAUAGCUUUGUCGGGUGCAAUCAAGGAUUACACUGUUUGUGAUAGAAUAACUAUUAACUCAUCACCACAGACAAAUUUGGUAUGGUCGUAUGGAAAGAAGAUGCUGAGGUACAUUGAUGACUUCAAGAUAGAAGACAUUUCCUACCAUAUGAAGGAGAGGGCCAAAUUACGUUAUGGAAUACAGCAAGAAUUGAAUAAAAAUGGGGAAGUGGUGAAAAAUCAUUUGUCAUUGGCAAACGUUUGGAAUUGGCUACAUUUAACUGAAAAACUAGUGGAAGAUGGCAUGAUUAAAGAUAGUGAAUACAAACAUCCAGGUGUUCUGUAUGUUUUGUCAAAUAUUGAGCUGACCCAACAAAAAUCCGAAACUGUCACAGUGUCUUGGAGCGAUUUGGGCUACCCUAAUUGUCAAACUUCUGCCAAGUAUUACAGAAAUAUUUUCAAAUUUCAGAAUGAAAAUGGUAUAGCUGUCGAUGAUCGUGUGGCUUUAGCUUGUUUAUACUUACCAGAUGAAAAACUAUUAGAGUACGUUAAAAGGUUGUCAGAUGAAUUGUGUAACGAGGGGAAUUUGGAUGGAUUGUUGGUUACUGGAAAUAGUUCUGAUGGUUUGAAACUUCUACAAAAGUACUUGGACUGUACAGCAGACAUUCAGUCUACAACAUUAAUUGCAACGAGAGCAUUUCAUGAUGAUCUUGGGUCAGAGCGUGUCAAAAAUUGGAUAUUACAUUAUCAAGAUUUGCUGAACAGACCGAAAAUGUUCGAACAGAGAGCCGAUUUUGAUAUCAUGCUUGCAUCGUUCAAACCCAACGAAAGACCACCUCAACAAGUAUACGUAUCCUGCAAUUUUUGUGGAAAGAGUAUUUCAGCUUAUAUAGCGGGACAGGAUCGAAGUAGACUUCACAAAAGUUCAUCUAGUAAGACGAAAGUAAGUAUAAUAUUUGUACUGGGAUCAUUUCAUUGUGCAGAUUCACUGUUUACCGAAGAGGUUGGCGUUCGUUUUAAUUUUAAACGCAGACGGAGGGAACAUCAAGAAUGUCCAGUGAGUGGAUGUACGUGCAGAUGUGCUUCUAUAGAUUCGAUUGCUGCCGUAUAGAAGGUUUUUAUUUCUACACGAAAUAUAAAUAUUUUGUAUUUUAAAAUUAUGAUAAUAUGUAUCACUU